AUGGGAGUUAAUAAUGCGCUGUAUAUACAAAUACACUGUUUCGCGGACGCGUCAAUUAAAGCAUCUGCGGCAGCGAUGUACUCGUAUUUACGCGCGACAGACGAGUACGGCAAUCACGUCGCGCACUUAAUUGCCUCCAAAUCACGAGUAGCCCCACUGAAGGUAAUUUCUUUGGCCAAAUUAGAAUUGUGUGCGGCGGUCUUACUCGUGCGCUUAGUUCAUAAAAUACUGCCCAGUUUGCGCGUAAAUUGUGUUCGACGUUAUUUUUGGUCAGACUCUACAAUAGUUUUGGCAUGGAUAAGUUCACCGGCGUCCAAAUGGAAAACCUUCGUGGCUCAUAGAGUCGGAGAGGUACAACAGUUUUCCGCUAUAACGGAAUGGGCACACGUUAAUUCUGAGGACAAUCCCGCGGACGUACAUUCCAGAGGCUGUAGUCCAAAAUAG